AUGGAGUCAGAUUGGGCCGAUUCAGAUGCGGAAGAGUUCUUUGAAGCAUCCUCUAUUAGUUCACUGUCCUCACUUUCUGAUAAUGAAAGCGAUUCAGAUCCUGAUGAUCAUGACGGAUUGGAACCCCUUAGCGAGCGGAUUGCUACAGCGAAAGCCGCAUAUUUCCAUGAAUUAGAGCAAUACGAAUGCGAUCCAAAUAGCAAUAAGAAGCCAAGUAUUUCAGGAAUUGCUCGGAAUCAUGAUCUUUCCAAUACUACAUUCCGGAAUUAUCUACAUAAUCCAAACCAUAAAACCCGAAAAGAACAACAUCAAUCCAUGCAGACUUUAACGAAGAAGGAAGAGGAGGCUUUAGCGGAAAGAGCUAUGUUUAUGGACGACUGGAAUUGCGCCCCCGAUCAAGAUCUCUUAAAGAAUCUAGCAGUAUUGAUGUUAAAAGAAUACGGUGAACCUGAGGGUUCGGAGGUGGGGCUUGGUAAAAAUUGGAUAUACAGAUUUCUUCAACGAAACCCAACUCUUACCUUUAUUUUUAAUCAACCACUCGAUCGAUCACGAGCCAAUGCCGAAGACUAUGAUGUGAUUAGGAAUCACUUUGAAAAGCUUAAACUCGUCAAGGACAAAUACUCGGUUCAGAAAAAGAAUAUCUGGAAUUUAGAUGAGAAAGGAUUCGUUCAAGAAUGGGACGAGGUCAUUCUUGCGGGUGGUGAUUGGCGUAUGCUGAUUUACGAUGGAUUUGAGUCGCAUCUUGAUGCGGAAGUAGUCAAUUAUUGUUGGAAUCAUCAUAUUAUACCUUAUUGUCUGCCUUCGCACACCUCUCAAAUAUUACAGCCGCUAGAUGUUGGCGUAUUCUCUCCCCUUCAGCAUUACUAUUCAGAGGAGGUAAACAAGAUUGGAGCACAAGCGAUUACCAACGAUGACUUUCCCAACCUCUUUGCCCGCGCCAGACAAAAAGCUCUUACACCUAAAAAUAUCAAAGCUGGUUUCCGCGCAGCAGGGAUAUCACCUUUCUGUCCCGGCAUUGUCCUGAGUAAAAUCAGACAGCGAGAGCAUACACCUGGCCCUAGAACAUUAGGUGCAAAUCCGCAAUCAAAUCACUCAGAAAUUCCGGUUUUCAGUACUCCUCAACGGCUUCAACAAGCUCAUGAUGAGGCAUCAUGGAUUUGCCAAACUCCUGUCACCCCUAGAGGCAUCAUAAAGUUGGGAAAGGAGGCAGAACAAACGAUAAUAUCUGCUAGUCCUCAUAGCAGCAAGCAGCGGGCCCUUAUGAUUAAGCAAUCUCAUGUUGCGCGAAGACUAUAUGCGGAACUUCAAAUGUCAAAGGCUGGGGAAAGACAUUUGCGAGAAAACCAAAAGAGCGAAAAGGUCAAAUCCGAUAAGCGGAAAUUGAACAGCGGUUCUGCAUUAAUUGUUACUAGAGAGAGUGUAUUGAGAGCGGAAAAACUGGAAAGAGAUCAAAAAUCACAGGCUGAACCUCCUCAAAAAAGGAUGCGAUCCCAAACCCCUUGGGCCAACCCCAUACUACCCGCUACCCCAAUACUCUCACAGGAUGUAGAAAGCCCCCUAUAUACACCAUAUGUACUUAGGUUUUGA